GGGUAACAAACUCUAAGUCCCUAUUUGCCUUUCUUUCAUAAAUCCAUGUCCGCCAACAGCAUUAUUUAACAACGAGUCAAAUACUGAAACUCUUCAUAUCCAAAUCACAUUUUAACAGUCUCUUUCUUCUUAUUGCUCGUGUAACAAUUUCAUGGCUAAACUUUUCCUCCUUCUCUUAACAAUCUUCUUCUCACACACUAUAGCUGUCACAACCCCAACAAUGCAUGCAAAACUCUCUUCCAUAAACACAACCAAAUCCCACCCUGAAGUUUCCUUCAAUUCAUCUAAACUUUCCAUCUCAAUAAACAUAAAUCCAAACAUCAUCAACACCCUUCUUCAGUCCCUCCAAGAAGCAAUAUCCGAAGCCACAAAACUAUCUGAUCUAUUAAACAAUGCUGGACACUCAAGCAUCAUAGAGAACAAAAUAGGAGCAGUUCAAGACUGUAGAGAGCUUCAACAAUCCACCUUAGCUUCCUUGAAACGAUCACUAUCAGGGGUCCGCUCUCAAGACACCAGAAAACUAGUUGAUGCAAGAACCUACCUCAGUGCAGCACUCACCAACAAGGACACAUGUCUAGAAAGCUUAGAUUCUGCCUCAGGUACCCUUAAGCCUGUUCUGGUGAAUUCUGUGAUUGACUCUUACAAGCAUGUCAGUGACUCUCUUUCAAUUCUCCCUAAGCCUGAGAUGAAGGCUUCCAAAGGACGCAAGAACCGGCGUUUGUUGUGGCUGUUGAGGAAAAACCAUCGCAUCUUGCAAAGCAAUGAUGGAGUGAUUGUUGUGGCAAAAGAUGGAACGGGGAACUUUAGCACCAUCACUGAGGCUAUCAGUUUUGCUCCAAAUAACAGCGUUGGUAGGACAGUGAUCUAUGUCAAAGAAGGGACCUACGAGGAGAAUGUUGAAAUCCCAAGUUAUAAGACUAAUAUUGUUCUGCUUGGCGAUGGAAAGGAUGCCACUGUUAUUACCAGCAACAGAAGUGUCAUUGAUGGCUGGACCACUUUCAGAUCUGCAACUGUAGCGGUCUCUGGUGAGGGCUUUCUAGCACGUGAUAUAGCUUUUGAGAACAAGGCAGGGCCAGAGAAGCAUCAAGCAGUGGCCUUGAGAGUGAAUGCAGACUUCACUGCUUUUUUCAGGUGUGCCAUGUAUGGUUUCCAAGACACUCUGUAUGUCCACUCCUUUAGACAGUUCUACAGGGAGUGUGGCAUUUAUGGGACCAUAGAUUUCAUAUUUGGCAAUGCAGCAGUGGUUUUACAAGCAAGCAACAUUGUGUCUAUGAUGCCAUUGCCUGGCCAAUUCACUGUUAUCACUGCACAGUCCAGAGAUUCCCCUGAUGAGGACACUGGCAUCUCAAUCCAAAACUGCUCAAUUCUUGCCACCAAAGAUUUGUACUCCAAUUCUGCUAGUGUCAAGAGCUACCUUGGGAGGCCAUGGAGGGUAUAUUCUAGAACUGUUUUCCUCGAGUCCUACAUUGAUGUGUUUAUUGAUCCAAAGGGGUGGACUGAGUGGUCUGUUGAUGAAGGCUUGGACACUUUGUAUUAUGGAGAGUAUGCAAAUUAUGGACCUGGUUCAGGCACGGAUAACCGAGUCACGUGGGAGGGGUAUCAUUUGAUGGAUUACAACAGUGCCUACAAUUUCUCAGUUUCAGAGUUUAUAAUUGGUGGUGCUUGGCUUGGGUCUACUUCAUUUCCUUAUGAUGAUGGGAUCUAAUAAAGAACAAGGAGAUAAAUUAGAUAGCUUUAGCUUGUCCCACUUGGUCUCUACUAAUAUAAAAUAACAAGGUGAAGCUAAUUUUAAUGGUAUAGUUAAAUAAGUGCCGUGAAAAGUUGAAAAGAUGUAACAAAAUGAUUUAAACCAUUCAAAAUAUAUGAGAGAGAAGAAAUAAAUAUUUCCAAAUGAUGACAUAAUA